GCAUCCAAUUUUAUUUGGUGAUUUUCUAAGACCUGGUAUUCCACGAUCUGAACGAUUAUAUGAAGAAAUAAAUGAUAUGGAUAAACUGAAAUCAUUGUUAAUGGAUUACUUGGAUGAUUACAAUAUGACAAUGUCAAAGGAUGUGAAACUUGUCUUCUUUGUCGAUGCUAUUGAACAUGUUUGUCGUAUUGCUCGAAUAAUUAGACAAGAUAGAGGAAAUGCUUUAUUAGUUGGUGUCGGUGGUACUGGUAAACAAUCAUUAACUAGAUUAGCAGCACAUAUCAAUGAUUAUCAAUGUUAUCAAAUUGAAUUAUGUCGUGGUUAUGAUUAUGUAUCCUUUCAUGAAGAUCUAAAAAAACUUUAUUAUAUCGCUGGUAUAGAUAAUAAACCAACUGUAUUCUUAAUAACAGAUAAUCAAAUUAUUAUAGAAGAAUUCUUAGAAGAUAUUAAUAAUAUAUUGAAUUCUGGUGAAGUCUCCAAUCUAUUCGAUAAUGAUGAAUAUGAACAUAUUAUUAAUGAUUGUCGUAUAGCAGCAAAAGAAUAUGGUAUUAUUGAAGGGAAUCGUAAUGGAAUUUAUGAAUUUUUUAUUAAUCGUAUUAAAAAUAAUUUACAUAUUGUAUUAUGUAUGUCACCAAUUGGUAUUAAUUUUCGUAUAAGAUGUAGAAUGUUUCCAUCAUUAAUUAAUUGUUGUAUCAUUGAUUGGUUUAUUGAAUGGCCUAAAGAAGCAUUAUAUAAUGUUGCUAUGUAUACAUUUUCACAAGAGGAUUUUGGUUCAAAUGAACUUAAAGAAUCAAUAUCAAAAUUAUCUACUGAUAUUCAUUUAAGUGUUUCAGAAGCAGCUGUACGUUUUUAUAAUGAAUUAAAACGUCAUUAUUAUACUACACCGACAAGUUAUUUAGAAUUGCUUGGAUUAUAUAUGACAAUGUUGAAUAAAAAAACAAAAGAAUUAACUGAUGGACGUGAUAAAUUUCGUAAUGGUUUAAAUAAAAUAUUAGAAACUAAUGAUUUAAUUGCUAAAAUGGAAACGGAACUAACAGCAUUACGUCCAACACUUGAAGCGAAACAACGUGAUACAGAAAAAUUGAUGAUAAAAUUAAGUGAAGAUCAAGAACAGGCUGAUAUUGUUCGUAGUCGAGUUAAAGAAGAUGAAAUGUUGGCUAAACAAAAAGCAGCUGAAAAUCAAAUUAUAGCUGAUGAUGCACAACGUGAUUUAGAUGAAGCAAUACCAGCAUUAGAAGCAGCUAAUAAAGCACUUGAUUCAUUAGAUAAAAAUGAUAUAUCUGAAAUUCGUGUAUUCACUAAACCACCACAAUUAGUACAAACUGUUAUGGAAGCUGUUUGUAUUAUGCUUGGACAAAAAGGUGAUUGGGCAACAGCUAAAACUGUAUUGAAUGAUUCCAAUUUUUUAAGAAAAUUAGUUGAAUAUCCAAAAGAUGAUAUAACUGAUGGACAAUUGAAAAAAUUAAAAAAAUUUAUUGAUAAUCCUGAAUUUAUACCAGAAAUUGUUGAAAAAACAAGUAAAGCUUGUAAAUCAAUGUGUAUGUGGGUUAGAGCAUUGAAUUUAUACGCUCAUAUAUUUCGUACUGUGGAACCAAAAAGGAAACGUUUAGAAGAAGCAAAUGCCGAUUUAGAUAUUGUUAUGCGUAAACUUCAACAAAAACAAUUAGAAUUAUUCAAUGUCGAAGAGAAAAUUACAUUAUUACAACAAGAAUAUCAUCAAUCAAUGAAUGAAAAAAAGAAACUAGAACAAUAUUUAACAUUAAUAUCAACUCGAUUAAAACGUGCUCAUAAAUUAACCAUUGGUUUAAUUGAUGAACAAGAACAUCAAUUAUUAAAUGAUAUUACUAGUAUUGAAAGACCAGAAUUAGAAGAACAACGUAAUCAAUUAAUUGUUAAAAUUAAUACAGAUAGAAAUCAAUUAAAAGAAACAGAAAAUAGAAUAUUGAAAUUAUUAUUUGAAUCUGAAGGUAAUAUAUUAGAUAAUGAAGAUUUAAUUAAUACAUUAAAUGAAUCUAAAAUAAAAUCAAGUGAAAUUACAAAACGUUUAAAUGAAGCAACAUUAACAGAACAAAAAAUUACAAUAGCACGUUCCAAAUAUUUACCAAUUGCUACACGUGGUUCUGUUAUGUAUUUUGUAAUAACAUCUAUGGCUGAAAUUGAUCCAAUGUAUCAAUUUUCAUUGAAAUAUUUCAAAAAUUUAUUCAAUACAACGAUACAAAAUUGUCCAAAUGUCACUACAUUAGAUGAACGUAUACAAAUUUUAAUCGAUUCUAUUACUAUAGCAACAUAUAAUAAUAUUUCACGUGGUUUAUUUGAACGUGAUAAAUUAAUUUUUUCAUUUAUGUUAUGUAUUGAAAUAUUAAAACAAAUGAAUCAAAUUACAAUGAAUGAAUGGUUGUAUUUUUUAUUAGGUAUACCUAAUAAUAAUAAUAAUAAUAAUAAUAAUAAUAUUAUAACUAAUACUAAACAACAAUUAGAACAACCAAUUCAUACAAAAAAUUGGUUAACUAUAAAACAAUGGAAACGUAUUAUUGAUUUAUCACAAUAUUUUCCAGAACAAUUUCAUACAUUACCUAAUGAUAUAUGUAAUUAUUCAAUUAUGAUUGAUUUUAAUCCAAUAAUGAAACAGUUACCAAGGGAACAACAAGAAGAAGAAGAAGAAUUAGGUAUUUAUAAAUUAACUCCUAAAAAUUAUAAAAAUACAUUACCACUUAGUAACUAUAAUGAAACAUUAACAUCAUUUCAAAAAUUAUUACUGAUAUCAACAUUUUAUGAAGAUCAAAUUAUUAAAGUAAUAAGAGAUUUUAUAUAUUAUAAUCUUGGUAAAGAAUUUAUUGAAACACCAUCAUGUCAUUUAUCAAUAUUAUAUAAAGAAAUCAAUUCAAUAACACCAUUAAUAUUUAUAUUAUCAAAUGGUUCAGAUCCAAUGAAUCAAUUUCAAAAAUUUAUUAAAGAAUAUAAUAAUAUAGAACAUGUACAUAUUGUAUCAUUAGGACAAGGACAAGGUCCAAAAGCGGAGAAAUUAAUUCAUGAAGCAUGUAAAUUAGGUGAUUGGGUAUUUUUACAGAAUUGUCAUUUAGCUGCUUCAUGGAUGAUUCGAUUAGAAGAAAUAGUGAAACAACUUGCUGAAAAUCCUAAAUCAACACAUACAGAUUUUCGUUUAUAUUUAAGUUCAAUGCCAUCAAAAUCAUUUCCAAUAUCUGUAUUACAAAAUUCAGUAAAAGUAACUAAUGAACCACCAAAAGGAUUAAAAGCUAAUCUUAUUCGAGCAUUGAAUGAUAUAUCAAUGGAAUCAUUUAAUACACAUGUGUUAAGAAAUGAUUGGCGUAAAUUAGUAUUUGGCAUUUGUUUCUUUCAUUCAAUUAUAUUGGAAAGAAAAAAAUUUGGACCACUUGGAUGGAAUAUUAAUUAUGAUUUUAAUGAUUCGGAUCGUGAAUGUGCAUUAUUAAAUUUAGAAAUGUUCUGUCAUGAAUCUUAUAUACCAUGGGAUGCUUUAACGUAUAUUACAGCUGAAAUUACAUAUGGUGGACGUGUCACUGAUUUCUGGGAUCAAAGAUGUUUACGUACAAUACUUCAACGUUUCUUUCAUCCAUCUACAUUAAAAUCAGAUUAUGUUUAUUCAUCAUCUGGUAUUUAUUAUCCACCAACUAAAGAAACUUUAAUAGAAUAUAUGGAAUAUGUAUCUAGUCUUCCAUUUAGUUCAGGACCUGAAUUAUUUGGUAUGAAUGAAAAUGCUAAUUUAGUAUAUCAGCUUCAAGAAACAAAUAAUCUAUUAUCUGUUAUUCUUAAUGUUCAACCACGUACAAAUACAAUGAGUACAGGGAAAACAAAUGAUGAUAUGGUUUAUGAACAAGCUGAUUCAAUAUUGAAAAAAUUACCAGAAAAAAUUAAUAUUGAAGAUGCACGUCCAGAUUUAUUUGAUACGGAUAGUAAAGGUCGGAUAGAUUCAUUGACUACUGUACUUACUCAAGAAAUUGAUCGAUUUAACAAACUAUUAAAAAUUAUCAAAAAUUCUUUGAAACAACUUCAAAAAGCAAUUAAAGGUUUUAUUGUUAUGUCAGAAGAUUUGGAAGGUGUAUACACGGCAUUUAUACAAAAUUCUGUACCAGAAAUUUGGUCAUCUAAAUCAUAUCCAAGUUUAAAACCAUUAGGUAGUUGGAUAAAAGAUUUAGUACUACGUUGUGAUUUUAUUAACACAUGGAUGAUUAGAGGAAAACCUCUUUCAUUUUGGAUAUCUGGAUUCUUUUUUCCUCAAGGUUUUCUAACUGGAAUUUUACAAAAUUAUGCACGAAAAUAUAAUUAUCCAAUUGAUCAUUUAACAUUUCAUUUCAAUGUUUUACCAUAUUAUCGUAAUCAAGAAGAAAUUUCUAUAGCUAUAUCAAAACUUCGUUUAGGUGAAAUAUUAGAAGUUGAUAAAAUGAUAAAUAAACCAAAAGAUGGUGUACUUGUACAUGGAUUAUUUAUGGAUGGUUUCAGAUGGGAUGAUAAAACAAUGCAAAUAACUGAUUCUAUAUUAGGUGAAAUGUUAUCUAUUAUGCCAAUAAUACAUAUGAAACCAGAAAUGGAUUAUAUACCAGAUUCAAAUGAUUAUAUUGCACCAUUAUAUAAAACUGCAGCCAGAGCUGGUGUAUUAUCAACAACAGGUAUGUCAACAAAUUUCAUAGUCGCUGUUCCAUUGAAAACAAAUAAGCCUCAAGCGUAUUGGAUUGAGAUGGGUGCAAGUUUACUAUGUGAAUGUGUAAAUCCCUAAGUAAAACAAUCUUCAAUCGGACAAUCAAUCAUAAAAACAACUUAUGUUGAUGUAUUUAAUCUGAUAUUCCACUUUUAUUUACUUAAUAACUACGUAAAACAUUAAUAUGAUUUUGUUUUAUUACUUUACUUAUCAUCUUCAAUUAUAAAAUAUUACUUUUCAAAUCCCAUCUGUCCAUACGAUUUAAAUGAACAGUCAACGACGUUAUGGACUAAUGUCAUGUCUUUA